AUGGACCCUGAGGAGGUCCAGAUGGAUCCUGUCUUCCACGAGGAGCCAGGACUGAUUCAAGCAGUGACAGCUACCCUGUGUGUCAACGUCCUCUCUGCCUGCCUCUUCUCCAUGGCCAUCCUGGUCCCAAUGAGACCACCGCUGCUGCCGCUGCUUGUCCUGUGGGUGCCGUGGCUCCUGGGAACCCUGGCAGAGGGCGAGGGAUGCAACCGGACGGUGCAGGCAGGGUUGGAGGGACAGGAUGCACCCAGUGACAGAGGGACCCUCCUGAACCUCAGCGUGAGUGACCAUGGCCGGUCGGACUCCCUCCUUCUCUCCUGGGAUGCGCCAGAGGGGGGUGCCGAGGGAUAUUUGCUCGCUCUCUCCUCCCUGGGGUCAGGCACGCCACUGCAGAAUGGAUCUGCUGGACCCAACAUCACCAGCUUCUGGUUCCACGGGCUGACCCCUGGCACCCACUACGAGAUUGAGGUGACAGCCACGCUCACCUGCAUGGAGACCACCAGCCAGACAGUUACAGCACAGACAAGUCCUUCACCUGUCAGCAACCUGAGCCUGAGCAGCGGCGGGAGCUCUGCCAUGCUGCAUGCCUCCUGGGCGCACGCCCAUGGGCAGCGAGAUGGCUACCACCUUGCCCUCUACCAUAGCUACUCCCAGACGCUUGUGAAAAAUGUGUCCAUCCUGCCAAACGCCUCCACGUUCCUGUUUGACGGGUUGCUGGCUGGCAGCGAGUACGCCUUGAAGGUCAGCACGCUGGCUGGAUCCAGCCAGGCAAGCACCAGUAUCCACCAAUGGACAGCUCCCUCCAUCCCCACCCAGCUGAGACUCAGCCCGGGCUCCAGCACGAGCCUCAUUGCCUCCUGGAUGGAUGCUGGGGGGGCCGCCUGGCUGCACCUCGCACUCCACAACCUCCUCACCCAGACCGUGACCACGACCCUGUCGGCCAGGAGGGGCCUCACCAGCUACACCUUCCAGCAUCUCCACCCCGGCACCCAGUACUGGCUGGGGCUGAGCGCCACAGCAGGGCCCUACACUGUGGGGGGGCCCAAUGCCACCGCUUGGACAUACCCCUUGAGCCCUGGCAAUGUGACCCUGAGCAGCACAGAGGAGCAGAGCUCCUUGCAGGCUUGCUGGAGCACCCCAGCGGGGGAGAGGGACUUCUACCUGGUGACGUUGCAGGAAGGAGAGGAUGGUGCUCCAACGAGGAACAUCUCCGUCGGCGGAGACAGCAGUCACAUCACCUUCCAUGGACUGAGCCCCGGGAAGCAAUACUCUGUCCAGGUGACAGCGGUGGCUGGGCCUUACCGGGCAUCAGCCCACAGCACAGCAGCCUGGACACAGCCUCUAGCACCAUCUGGUGUGAGUCUGUCCAGCCAGGGGAGCCCCUACAGCCUACUAGCCAGCUGGGAGGAGGCAAUGGGAGAAGGCUAUGUGCUGGCCUUCAGCCUCAUGGAGCACCCCGUGAAGAACAGCUCGCUGCUCAGAGGUGUCACCAACUUCACCUACAACGGCCUCCGUCCUGGGACCCUCUACACCUUUGAGGUCAGCACGGUGGCUGGCCCCUACACAUCCACACCCCGGCGCAUCACCAACUGGACAUAUCCUUUGCCCCCGGAGCAGCUGACCCUCAGCAACCAGGGCCACAGCACCUCUCUGCAAGCCUCCUGGAGAGCAGCUUCUGCUGGCAGCACUGGCUACACAGGCACCCUCUGGGAAACCAAGUCCCAGGCGUGGGUCAGAAACAUGACUGUGGGGAACAACUGGACAAAUGUCACCUUUGAGGACCUGGUCCCUGGGCGACAGUAUACACUGGAGAUGGCUGCUAUGGCUGGACCUUACAGAUCCCCUGUGCGAUCAGCCAGAGACUGGACGUACCCCCUGGCUCCAGCCAGCGUGACCCUGACCAACACCCGACGCCCGCUGGGACUCUCUGCCUUCUGGGACAAGGCUGCUGGCGAUGUGGACCAGUUCCACCUCCAGCUCUACAGCAAGAGCCAUUCAGCACAGAGGAACAUCUCAGUGGGGCCAAACACCCACAACUUCACAUUCCUGGGGCUGUCCCCUGGCAUUCAGUACUUCCUGAAGGUGACCGUCCUCGCUGGCCCAUACAGAUCCUCAUCACACUUUGCCACUGAGUGGACAUAUCCACUGUCUCUGGCUAAUGUGAGUGUACAGCCUGGCCAGAGACCCCAGGAGCUACGUGUGACCUGGGUGGAGUCAGGCGGUGGCAGAGACCACUUGGUACAGCUCUCGGUGGCUGAGUCCCUCUCCAUCAUCAGGAAUGUGUCUGUCCCCCGUGGAGUCACCCAGGUUGACCUGGAGGGGCUGGUGCCAGGGUCCCGAUACCGCGUGGAGAUCAUUUCCCAGGCUGGGCCUCAUCGCAUCUCCUCUCAGACUGCAAUCGGCUACACUGUCCCAUUACCUCCUCUUUCCCUGUCGGCAAGCCCUGUCAGCUCUGCCUGGGCGCUGGCUGUGCGCUGGGAGACCCCUCCUGGGCAGAGGGAUGGAUACCUGCUCAGCAUGCACGAGGAGGGCUCUUCUGCACCAGCAAGGACCCUGGAAGCAGGGAAGGACAGCACCAAUGUCACCCUGACACGGCUGGCACCAGGAACUUGCUACCUUGUUGGGAUGUGGGCGAUAGCUGGACCCUACCGCUCCCUCCCCAAGAACGUCACCGGCUGCACAGUUCCUGCUGCACCGACAAACCUGAGCCUUACCAAUCCAGGCAGCUCCUCGGAGCUUUACACGUGCUGGAACAAGCCCCCCGGCAGGAGGGACCACUACCGUGUUAUUCUGUAUAGCCUUAGCACCCAGAGCAGGGAUCGGGUCCAGACCUUGAGUCCAGAUGCUCAGAACAUCACCUGGACUCACUUGGAGUCAGGCAGCAGGUUUGCUGUGCAGGUCACUGCUGUGAAAGGCUUGUUUGAAGCCUCCUCCAUCAACGUCACCCAAUGGACACAUCCCUUGGCCCCUGCUAACCUCACCCUGGGCAGCCCCUCUGCCUCCGCGCUGCAGGUCUCCUGGGCAGCAACAGGGCGAGGAGCAGAAGGCUACGUGGUGGAUGUCUAUGACACAGUGUCCAGCGGUCGUGUUGGGCGCAUGGUGCUGGGUGGGGAUGCCAGGAGUCACACCUUCAGGAACCUGAGCCCCGGCACCCGCUACAGCGUGGCAGUGAGGGCCACAGCUGGGCCCUUCCACACCAGCACUCCCAACCUCACCCACUGCACACGAUACGAGUACUCUCUGGAGGCCAGUGCCACGGCUGGACCAUACCAGGCAACAGCACCCAACAUCAGUGGCUGGACACGCCCGCUGCCCCCGGUCACAGUGCACUUGCUGAGCACAGGGCACCCCGACAGGCUGAGCGCGUCCUGGGGAGCAGCGGACGGGGGGCGAGACGGCUACACGCUGACCCUGUAUCACGCGCGGCUGGGCACCGUGGCAGCUACAACCUCGCUUGGGAGAGACACCCACAACUUCACCUUCACGGGACUGGACCCAGGAAGCAAGUAUGUGCUGGAAGUGAUGUCCAUGGCAGGAUCCUACCGGACACCUGCAGGGAACGUCAGCAACUGGACGUACCCCCUGGCACCCCGUAACGUGUACAUGACGAACCAGGGGUAUCCCAACAGGCUGAGCGCGUCCUGGCGAGCUGAACCCCAAGGGCAAGACAGUUACAGGCUCCUCCUGUAUCACUCGGGAUCAGGUAUUGUGGCAGCCAAUGUAUCUGUUGGGAAAGGCAUCAGCAAAUUCACCUUUUCUGGCCUGGCUCCAGGACACAAAUACCUGCUGGAAGUGGUGUCCAUGGCAGGGCCCUACGCAGCCUCCGCGGGGAACAUCAGUGACUGGACAACCCCCUCAGUUCCCAGAAAUCUCUCUGCGGUGGCUGAAGGGAACAACACGAUGCUCAUCUCCUGGGGCAGUGUCUCUGGACAGCAGGACGACUGCCAGCUGUGGCUGCGGGAUCACAGGAACAGCACGCUGCCCUGGCGGCAUGCUCUCGGCAGAGGGCAAGUCCAGCACCUCCUCCAGGGCCUCAUACCUGGGAGGAACUAUUCUGUCUCCUUGAGCUGCGUGGCCGGGCCCUACUGGAGCAGCACAAAGCCCUUGGCAGUGCCGAUGGAGCCAAACCCGGUGGAGGAUGUGCAAUGCCUACCGGAGUCAAGGAGCCUUUACUUGAACUGGACCAGCUCUCCUGGAGAUGUGGAGGCUUAUGAGGUGGUGACAGAGAGAGUCUCUGAUGGACCUCCCACCUCCAAGUAUGUCAUGAGCAUCCCUACGAGCGAGGCCAGUCUGGAGGGGCUGGGGCCAAACUCGUCGUACCGAAUUGUUGUGAGCACAGUGGGCAUGAACACAAUGAGGAGCCAGGCUGUGACUCUGCUCUGCAACACAACAGUGGAGGCCCUGCCUCCACCCCUGCGAGCAGAUAUCUUCCAGGUGGAGGCCAGCUCCACGGUUAUCAUUUCAUCCGACCUGUUCAGCGAGGAGAACGGCCAGAUCAAAUAUUACGGUGUCAUUGCUACCACUAAUGAUUCACUGCUGAGGCCCACCCAGGAAAUCAUGUCCAGCACAUGGUAUGACCACUAUUAUGGGACAGAGGACUCCUACCUGGCUGUGCUAAUCCCCAAUCCCUUCCAUCCGAGCCCCAGGAGCUCCCCCGAAACCUGGCCAGUGCCAGUGGGAACCGAGGAGUGUGGCCAGUCCAGGACAACGUGCAAUGGGAAGCUGAAGGCCAACGAACAGUACAGGUUCAGCAUCGCUGCCUUCACCAAAUACGACCCAGUAGCCCCUGCAGUGACGUUCACCAUGUUCUCAGCUGCUGGAUCCAGUGCAGACACAACUCCACUCUCAAUGCCAAUAAUCACUGGAAUUGUCGUGGGAUUUCUCUUGACACUUGCAGCUAUUUUCGCUUUGGUCUACUGGAAACAGCUCAGAGCAAAGAGAACCAAGAAGAGCAGCCUGCCCCAGGAAAUGGUGACCUACAGCUUGAGAAACGUCCAUCGGCCAAUCCCCAUACAGAACUUCAAGCAGUACUAUGAGAUGAAGACAGCAAGUGCUAACCACGCUUUUUUCCAGGAGUUUGAGGAGCUGAAGGAAGUUGGGAAGGAGCAGCCGAAGGUGGAGGCCGAGCUACCAGCCAACAUCUCCAAGAACAGAUAUCCCCACGUGCUUCCCUACGAUCACUCUCGGGUCAAGCUGAGCCAAAUGGGGGAGGAUCCACACUCAGACUACAUCAAUGCCAACUUCAUGCCUGGCUAUACAUCCCAGCAAGAGUUCAUUGCCACCCAGGGGCCCCUGAAGAAAACGAUAGAGGACUUCUGGAGACUGGUGUGGGAGCAGAACGUCUGCAACAUCAUCAUGCUGACAGUGUGCAUGGAGAACGGACGGGUCCUCUGUGAUCAUUACUGGCCAUCCGAAUCUGCCCCGGUCUCCUACGGGCAGGUCCAGGUCCACCUGCUGACGCAGAGCAGCUCCGAGGAGUGGACCAUGCGCGAGUUCAAACUGUGGCACGAGGGUCUCCGGGCAGAGCGGCAUGUGUCCCACCUGCACUACACAGCGUGGCCUGACCACGGGAUCCCGGAGUCCACGACUUCCAUUAUGACCUUCAGAGAACUGGUCCGGGAGCACAUCCAGAGCACCAAGGAUGCGGGGCCGACCCUCGUGCACUGCAGUGCCGGGGUGGGCCGCAGUGGCACCUUCAUUGCCCUGGACCGGCUGCUGCAGCAGAUGAAGCAGGAGAAGGUGGUGGACACAUUUGGUGUUGUUUAUGCCUUGCGGAUGAACCGUUACCUGAUGAUUCAGACGCUGUCCCAGUAUAUUUUCCUGCACAGCUGUAUCCUGGAAAAGAUCUUGGAGGAACCAAUUCUGGGUUUAUCAGGGACAGAGAGGUCCUGCCCCAUCCCACUGAAAAGCUUUGCUCAGCACUACACCCAGAAGGCCGCCAAGUCCCAUGCGGGCUUCCUGAGGGAGUACGAGAUGCUCCUAGAGGUUGUCAAGGAAGAAGCCAGCUCUGCAACACCAUCUUCAGGCAACCAGCAGACACGGCCCUCUUCCAGCAUCCUUCCAUAUGAUCGCUCCAGAGUGAAGUUUUCCCUGCUGGAACAGGGCCCUUUCUCAGGUCUCCUGCAGGUGUGGCGUGUCCCGGGCUGCAGCUCCAGCAGGGAGUAUCUGGCUGUCCAGGGCCCUGACAAGUUGACCAUGGAGGACUUCUGGACCCUGGUGUGGGAACAGGACGUUCACACCAUCCUAACACUUCUCCCAUGGCAGGAGAAGGGGGAGGUCCCACGUGAGGCAUGCUGGCCCCUGGAAGGAGACUGUCUCUGCACAAAGAUGCUGACCAUCCAGUGUGGCACAGAGAAGCUUGUCUCCGGAUGGAGGUGUAUCCAGCUCAAAAUGAAACACGAGAAGAAGGCAAAGGAGAGGCAGGUACAACGGUUCCUAUACAUGCUCUGGAGCAGCAAGAAACAGCCAGAUGUCGAGAGCCUGCUGGAGCUCCUCACUGCUGUCAGACGCAGUGGCGUGAGCCAAAUGGGGACACUGAUCUCCUUGGAUUGCCUGUUGCACCAGAUGAAAGCCGAGAGAAUUGUGGAUGUCUAUGGGGUGACGCUCCAGCUGAUGAGAAGCUGCUGUCUCAUGACCCCGACGCUGGACCAGUACCUGUUCCUGUACACCUGCAUGCGGGACAUCAUCGCUCAGCAACAACCCUAA